AUGACUUCAUUCAAUACUCGGUCUUUUCCUGUUUCCAUUUUGACUCGACUACUAUCUAUCGGAAUUUCUUCCAACAUAACAUGCAAGACUUCCUUAACUGUUUCCUCUACUAGACUAAUUUCUCGCGGAGGUCCCGAAUAUGUUUCGUUAAAUUCUUCGACUAUGGCAAUUACUUUAUCUUCUGUGUCGUUAUUUUUCUUUAUUAAUCUUGAAAGACUAUCUGCCAUCCCCAUUUUAUCUGUACUUACAAACUCAAUACUGAAAUCGUAAUUCGUCAGAAUUAAUGCCCAUCUUUGUAAUCUCGAGGCAGUUUGGACUUUAAUUCCUUUCUUACUUCCAAAUAUUGCGACUAAUGGUUUAUGGUCCGUUCUAAGUCUGAAUUUACGCCCAAAUAACAUUUUGUGGAAUUUUUGGACUGCAAAUACUAGUGCCAGACCUUCUUUCUCAAUUUGACCAUAAUUCUUUUCUGACAGACUCAAUGACUUACUUGCAUAUUCAAUUGCUCUCUCUGAUCCGUCUGGGAAUUUGUGGGCAAUCAUUGCUCCUACUCCAUAAUUUGAGGCAUCUGCCGUGACUAUGAUUUCAUAUUGGGGGUCAAAAUGCGUUAGCAUAAGCUCCGAACUUAGAAUUGACUUUACUCGGUUGAAUGCU